UUUGACAAGUUUGAAAAAUUAAAUUGGCUGGGCUUUUGCUUCGUUUAUAUAAAUAUUUGAAAUGGAUACAAUCAUGUUACAUUUAAGUGAUAGCGAUAAUGAGGAUGAAAAUUGUAUACAAAUUCGUCGCGAGCGCAGAAAUUUGAGGAAUAAUUCAAAAGACACAUUGGAAAUGGAUGAUUAUAAUUUCUUCAAAAAUUUUCGCAUCAACAAAGGAGCAUUUAUAUACAUUUUAGAGGAAUACGAAAAUGUAUGUGGAAAUGAUAAGAGACAAGGUUCUCUUUCUCCGAAAAUAAAACUUGCUACAUGUCUGCGCUUCUUUGCCACAGGCAACUAUCAGCAUUGUGUUGGAAAGGACUUCAAUAUAAAUGUGGCCCAAUCGACAUUCUGUGGAAUAUUAGAGGAAGUUCUAAACAUUCUUGAGUACAGACUAUGUUCACGGUGGAUUUCUAUUUACAUGAAUGGAAACGAAGAAUUGGUAUCAAAAACAUUUUUUUUGCCAAGUCAAAAAUUCCGGGUGUGACAAUGGCAGUUGAUGGAACUCACAUAAAGAUAAUGGCUCCAACGAGAGAUAAACAUCUUUAUUAUAAUCGCAAAGGAUUCUCAAGUCUGAACGUUAUGAUAGUGAGA